AUGGCGAUAUCGGGAGAUCUGAGUGUCUCAGCAACGCUGGCCUCUUACUCUAAACUCCCUCUUCGAUGCUCUUUGCCUCCCUCAAAUUCCAAGGUAGAGUUCCUUGGUUUCCUUAAUGGAGGAUGCGGCACUUCCCAGAACAUGCUCAAGUGGCCUGGUUGCGUGUUUGAUAGACAUAAAGUACAUGGUCACUUUAAACGAUCUGCUGGGAUUGCUGAAGAUUAUCGACUUUCCUCAGCUGCUGUUAACCAAGAAGCUGAAAGCUUGCUUUUAAGUGCGAUAAACAUGAGCUUCCUUGAGCGUUUAAACUUGGCUUGGAGGAUAAUAUUCCCUUCUCCAACACAGAGAAAGAGCUCAAAUGCAAGGAUUGCCAAACAGCGUUUGAAGAUGAUUCUCUUCUCUGACAGAUGUGCAGUUAGUGAUGAAGCAAAAAGGAAAAUUGUGAACAACAUUGUACAUGCUCUAUCAGAAUUUGUGGAGAUAGAAUCACAGGAUAAAGUUCAGCUGAGCGUCACAACUGAUACAGAGAUUGGGACUGUGUACUCUGUGACAGUGCCUGUACGGCGUGUGAAGCCAGGAUAUCAGGAAGAAGAAGAGAGUGGAUCAAUAACAAACAUUGAGUACAAAGAUACUGGAGAAACUUCUGGUUCUGUUGACGUUCGGUUUGAUUUCUACGUCCCAGAUGAAAGAACACGAUUCUGA